AUGAGCACCAGUUCGAACAACCCCGUAGGCGGGGAUGAUGGGCCAAGUGGCAAUGACGGCGCAGGCGGGGAUGCAGUUGCAGCACCCAUGGAGUUGAAUGUUGAAGACAGACAAGCGCCUGAGGGUGAGAGAGCCAAUAAAGCACCACGCAUUUCCGUAAUCAACCACUGUGAGUCCAUGGAUCGUUUUCAUGCAGAUGAGGUGUUGGUGCCUGAGUUUCCAAAUGAUAUCCUGGACAAUCUUCAAGACUAUGAUUUGCGGUUUUGCAAAGAGUCAGAUCCCAUGGAUGACAUGUGGGAUGACAAUGGUGAUGAAGUCAUAAAGACAAGCAACAUUCCUGAAGAAUUGUGGUUUCCAUUUGCUGAGCAAGAGCCUUUGCUAGCUGGUGGUGCUUUGGAAUCCUUGGAUGAGAUCGGCGACUCCUAUGAAAUCAAUCGGUCCAGAUGGGUGGCCCGAGAGUACACGUGGUUGGAUCCUGAGAAGGAGAUCACUUUCGCUCCG